AUGGCGGAGAAGCUCGAGUGCAUCGAGGAGAUGACCACUAAUGUGGACGCCGUUCAGGGACGCGUGCUGGCGGAGAUCCUCGCCCGCAACGGUGACGUCGAGUACCUUACGAAAUGUGGCCUCGCCGCCGGGGCCGCAGCCGCCCACGCCAGUUUCCGGGGCAAGGUGCCCAUGGUGACGUACGAAAACGUGAAGCCGUACAUCCUGCCCGUCGCCAACGGUGACAUGUCUCCUGUCCUGACGGCCCCCGGCCACCCGAUCUCCGAGUUCAUCGUCACCACCGGCACUUCGGGCGGCGAGCCCAAGCUGAUCCCCGCCGUGAAGGACGAGCUCGACCGCCGCAUGCUGCUCCACAGCCUCGUCACGGCAGUCAUGAACCAGUAA